GAGACAAGAGGUCCAGGAAAUGGCCCAUGUACUGUUUUGUCACUGAUAAACGAUGCAUUGCAGCUUUUCUCUCUGAACCAUGAAGAGCGGACAGAGAGGCCUUCACUUUUUGACCCUUGUCUCUUUUCUGUUGACCUUAUCUUCACCUUCUGGAGGUUUUCCAAUCAGAUUAGCUGGGUACGGAUCGAACCAAUGCUCUGGAAGAGUUGAAAUCAAUUUCAAUAGUUCCUGGGGAACAGUCUGUGAUGACGGCUGGGACAUAAAUGAUGCCAAGGUGGUGUGCCGACAGUUGGGUUGUGGCACGGCAACGAAGGCCCCGAGAUCGGCACGUUUCGGUCAUGGAACGGGAAAAGUGUGGCUCGAUGACGUAGCCUGUUUGGGAAGCGAAGAGUCUCUGAGCAACUGUAAGCACCGGAAAUUUGGGCAACAUGACUGCGCACACAGUGAGGACGCUGGUGUCAUCUGUACAUCUAUCAGAUUAGCUGACUCCACUCGUUGCUCUGGAACAGUUGAAAUCUAUCACAACGACUCCUGGGGAACAGUCUGCGACGACAACUGGGACACAAAGGACGCUGAGGUGGUUUGCAGACAGCUGAACUGUGGGACGCCGCUGGGCGCCCCUCGGUUGUCCCUCUUUGGUCACGGACGCGGGAAAAUCUGGCUUGAUGAGGUCAAAUGUUCAGGAAGUGAAGGGUCCCUGACCAUGUGUCCACACAGAGGAUUUGGGAAACACGACUGUAAUCACGGUGAGGACGCCAGUGUCAUCUGCUCAGCAAGCCUCCCAAAGCCCAGCAUCUCUGUGAGUCCUGCUGCUCAGGUCCCCUGGGGUGAGAGAGUCAGCAUCACUUGUUCAAACUCAGCUGAGCUUUCAGGUGGAACAUUCAUUCUGGGGAAGACUCGGGGCUUACUUGGAGGGACAAAAAAGUCAAGUGCCACCUCGGGCAUGUUCAGUAUCCCGAAGAUGGACUUUGAUGAUGACGGAUUGUAUGAGUGUCAGUAUGAGAAAAACAUUUCGGAAAAAACUUUCAGCUCCAGCCCAAGUGACUCUGUCAGACUCUCUGUAACGGUGACCUUCCCAAAGCCCAGCAUCUCCAUGAACCCUGUUGGUAAGGUUACAUGGGGAGAGGACGCCGGCAUCACUUGUUCAAUCUCAACUCAAAAUUUGGGCGGAACGUUCAUCCUGUUAAAGACACCAGGCUCAUUCAAAGAGACACAAUCGUUGAGCAACGGCUCAGCUAACUUCAGCAUUCCCAAUGUGGGGUUUGUCGACGGGGGAUCAUACCUUUGUCUGUAUGAGAAAAUGGGCUUCAGCUCCGAGCCAAGUGAUUCUGUCAGACUCUCUGUUGCUGUGCCUUUGUCACUGCUGGUCUCAUCAAUAGCUGCCGGGAUGAUGAUGCUGCUGCUGCUGGUGGUCCUCUUGUUGGUGAUGUGUAUGGUCGGCAGGAGAAAAAGAAGAACGGCCGAGCGGCAUGGAGCCCCCAUCUUGAGUCAAUUGACUGCCACGACCAGGUGUGAAGAUGACGAGGACCGGCACUACAUGAAACUCUUGGCAAGGGACAACAACAAAGGACUCAAAGACACAGCGGAAGAGGAGGACAGCGGUGAUUAUGAGAGGCUAAGCAAUGAUGAAGAUCAGCAUUAUGAUGACGUGGGCCUCGGUAAACACCUUGCGAGGGCCAAUGAGGUCUGUGUCAAUGUAGAGGGCAACAGAGAAGAUGAGGACGUAGAUGAUGAUGCUGUAGAAGAAACCAAUGAUGACGAAAAUGGCUAUCUAGAUUUAACUCGGUCAUUUGACCAAACUGACAUUAUUGAGAAAAUGAGAAUAGAGCUGAAAGACGACUGAAGCCGUUCGUGCUGGGUGCACGGAGGGACAGAAUCACUGUGCAGCAACUGUCAGCUGGUUUCCCCAUCCUUAGGUUUGGUACCUUCAACUACCAUGCACAUAUUGAAGAUCAAUAUUUACAUUUUUUACACGAGUUGCAAAAAAGUUCUUCAGUUGUCCUUUAAAUAAGUUGAUCUGUAAUCCUAGAAUUUGUUAUGGCAGUCUUGUAGUAGUGGCCCUCUUCAAACUGAUACACAUCUUUCUUGCCUGUCUAAGUGCUGAGAAAAUAAACUGAUUUCGGCCUCUGUUACA